AUGGCCAAGUCAAAUGCCAGCUCGUCGAUUGAGCCCGUUGACGAGAAAGCUCAGCACCUUACCGUCCUCACCAACCAGCAGUCGGUAGUGGAGGACGACGAGUACGACUAUGACGACCCAAGAAACUAUAGCACCAACUUUGUCGAUGAACACAACCCCAGGGGAUUGCGAGUUCCUACCAAGUCGGAGGAGAAAAAUUUGAGAAGAAUCUUGGGCCACUUCCAAUACUCCAUCAUGAUUAUUUGCUUUGUGGAGUUUGCCGAGCGUGCCUCGUACUACUCAGUCACAGGAAUUAUCAGUAAUUUCGUCCAGAGACCUACUCCCCCUCAAAGUCCUCACGGCUGGGGUGGCGUCAACUCGAGCCUUCCCGGACACGAAGACAUGUCCCCGGGUGCAUUGAACCAGGGUCUUCAAACAGCUAGUGCCUUGACCAACUUGAUCACCUUUUUGGCCUAUGUGGUGCCAUUGUUUGGUGGCUACUUUGCCGAUACCAAAUGGGGUAGAUGGAAGGUGAUCCAGUGGGGUGUCGUGUUUGGUGGUAUUUCUCACGUCUUGUUUAUUGUUUCUGCUGCUCCAUCCUUGAUUGAAAACGGUAAAGCCGGUUUAGCCAUCUGCAUCUUGGCUAUUUUCACAUUAGCCCUCGGUACUGGAUGCAUCAAGUCGAAUCUUUUACCCUUGAUGUUGGACCAAUACCCCGAGUCUGGAAACAGAGUCAAGGUGUUGCCCAGCGGUGAAAAAGUCAUUGUUGAUAGAGAAAAGACCAUGGAAAGAGUCACUUUGGUCUUUUACUGGUCGAUCAACAUUGGAGCUUUUUUCCAAUUGGCCACUUCCUACUGUGAAAGAAGAGUCGGUUUUUGGUUGGCAUUCUUUGUCCCCUUGAUUCUUUACCUCUUGAUGCCAAUUGCCUUUUGGAUCGUCAAGCCCAAAUUGACGUUUGAAGAGCCCACAGGAUCAAACAUGAAGGAGAUUUUGAGAAUUUUAAAGAUUUCAUUUAGCGGCAACUUUAUUGCACGUAUCGGCAAUGGUACCUUUUGGGAAUAUGCUAAGCCUUCCAAGAUGAGAGAAAGGGGCAUUGGGUUUUACAAUGCCAAGAAGCAGAAACCAAUCACCUGGACCGAUCAGCAGGUGUUGGAUGUCAAGCAGACCCUCGACUCGUGCAAGAUCUUUGUCUACUUUAUCGUGUUCAACUUGGCCGAUAGUGGUCUCGGUUCAGUUGAAACAUCCUUGAUUGGUGCUAUGAAAUUGGACGGAGUGCCCAAUGACUUGUUCAACAAUUUCAACCCAUUAACCAUUAUUGUCCUUAUCCCAAUCUUGGACUACCUCGUAUACCCAAUAUUGAGAAAGUACAGGAUUCCAUUCAGACCAAUUUGGAAAAUCGCCCUUGGUUUCAUUAUUUGUGCCAUGUCGCAAGUUGCCGGUGCCGUUUUGCAACACCAAGUGUACCAGAAAUCGCCAUGUGGCAACCAAUCCACCAACUGUAAAGAGCCCGCUGACAUUACCGCAUGGAAAGCGCUGUCGCUUUAUAUUCUUGCUGCUGCCGGUGAGUGUUUUGCCAUGACUACCAUUUACGAGCUCGCCUACACUCGUGCACCUUCUUCGAUGAAGGGUACCGUGAUGGCCUUGUUCUUGUUUACAUCCGCCAUCUCAGCUGCAUUGUCGUUGGCCAUCACCCCGGCAUUGAAGGACCCAUACUUGACUUGGGUCUUUGCGGCCAUUGGUAUUGCCACUGUUGUUGUUGCCGUUAUUUUGUUUUUCCAAUUUUUCAAUUUGCACAAGGUGAUGGCCAUUGAAGAAGAAGAGAGGAUCAAGUUGGAUAGAAUUGCCGAAGACGAGAAGCGCGCACAUGCUCAUGCUUUGGCUCCUGUUGCUUCUGCCGAGGCAGAUCAUCCAUUAGAAGCUAUUGCCUCUGUCAAGUCCCAGUUGAGGUAA